AUGGACAUAUCGUGUUCCAUUUGUAAUAAUCAAUGCCGCGGCAACAAUUUCGGCGUACCGUCUUGUCGGGCAUGCGCCGCUUUUUUUCGACGAACUGUCACAGAGAACCGAAACUAUCGAUGCAGAAAAUCCUUCCGCUGUGUAAUCAGUUCCGGUUAGUCGUUUUCUUGAUAAUAUGAUCAAAACACUUUCAGAGGAAAAAAAGAUGUGCAAAGCGUGCCGUUACAAUAAAUGUCUUGCUGUUGGGAUGAAACGUACAGGUGCUAAAAGCUUUUUGAGAGGAAAAUGGUUUGCUGUUACAGCGGUGCUGAAGAAAGAAGGCAGCUCGCCUGUAACGUCAAAUUCGCCAUGCUGCUCGAUUGAGAAUGUGAGUUCGAAAAAACCUUGAACUUUCAUCAAAAAUAGUAGAUAUCGAGGGAAAAAUUUUCUGAACAUUCCUAUCCAAUUUCAAUUCUACACUCUCGAUAACAGAUAGAGCUGUUUGUUUUUCACUUGUCUCAUCACAAAAACCAGAAAACAUUCAUGCCGUUUGUUCCCGCGAAAUCCAAUAUAGUCAUCAGAAAAAUAAUAAAAAAAUUAAAUUUUUAGAGAGUCAGAGAAAAUUUUUGCAUUUUGCGGAAAUCACUUUGAACAUGGCAUAAAUUAAUCAAACAGAAUUUUUUUCAAAAUUUGGUUUUGCUCUCGUUUUGAGCUUAUAAAUCAAAUCAAUUCUGGAAAUCGUUUAUGAGAUAGAAAAUAAUUAGAAUGUUUCAGAAAAGCUCCACUCCUCUUUGUGAAAAAAACACUCCGACUCUACUGGCCUUGUUGAGAAACUAUGAGGUUUUGAUAAAAAGCCGGAGAGCUUUUUUCUCUGCCAUCGAAAAAUGGCCCGAACGAGGUUAAAAUAUAAAUUCUUUUUAAUUAUCGAGAAAUCUUUUCACAGAACGAGGAAAGAGUCUCAAAGGCCAUUCCUUUCAUCAGAAUGAGGCAGAUCCAAGAAGCUGA